AAGUUGUCGCCAAGUCGGUUCGAGUGCAUCCCAUCACCUGGUACAGGAGACCAAGCAUGCGUUUUGAGCUUCUGGGCUGCACAGUGCAUUGCCAGUCUCAGCUUGGGAUGGAAGAUGGGACAAUCCCUGACUCUGCAAUCAAUGCAUCAACAAUUCUGUUAACUCAGGGCUUCUGGCCUUAUAGUGUCAGGCUUUUGCCUGUAGGCACGCGGCCGUUUGCUAUUCAGUGGUUCGGACAAUUGGAGCCAGAGAUAUGGAUUCAGGUGGAUUUGGGCGAGAGGACGCGAGUUUCUGGUAUCAUCAUACAGAAGCCGUACUAUUGGCACGGCUGCAUAACCAGUUUCCACCUGGAGUAUGCCAUAUCGGAUGACGUGACAAAAUGGAUACCAAUCCUGAACAGUGACAGGACUGAGGUGUUCCAGGUUAAAGCGUAUUUUACUCAGCAUCAGAGAGAGAGGCACAUCAGCUACUUUUACAGCAGUGUUUUGGCUCGAUUCAUCCGGUUAAACGAAGGCUUGGAUAACUCUCCGUGGCAUUGCUUCCUGAUGAGAUUUGAUUUCAUCGGCUGUCGGAAUCAUCCGAGAAUGACCAGGACUUGUCAGACAUUAUUCUCUGACGGCUACGUACUGGAUGACACUUAUCAAAUCGACAUGGAUGGUAUCGACCAAGGUCAACCACCAUUCCAGGUCACAUGCAGUAUGUCAGAUGGUGCUACCAUAAUUCACCAUGAUGCCGAAGACACUUUCAAAAUUUCAGGAUCACCCAACCAACUUACAACGAUUGACAUUACGUACGUCAUCGACAUGCAGCAGAUCAUCAGUGUGAUUGAUAAUGCCUCGACGUGUGAACAAAUGGUCAAAGUCAAGUGUGGAGAAGCCGACCCAAGUACGCUCUCGCAGCAUCCGGCACUCCAGCCAGUCAAGUGGGGUUCCCGCAGCGGGGAGUUGAUGCAGAAUUGGGGAGGGCCCACUGGUCACAUUGGCUGCACCUGUGGUUUGAAACAAAAUUGUAACACUGAUGGAGAGCUGUGCAACUGUGGCGUGGGGCUCAACCGAUCUAGCUGGGCGUACGACGAGGGGAUACUGACUGACAAAGAUACCCUGCCAGUCACGCUGAUCCAAGCCUUUACCUCCCAGGACGUGUACGUCACUGUUGGGGCCCUGAAAUGCAAAUGGCCGCACUACAAAGUACGUUAUUAA